AUGCACCAAGACGCCAGGCUCAGAUCGACCAGCUCGGGUCGCGGCGACUCUUCCACUCCCAGUUCCUGCCUUCCACCACCCUCAUCGUACAAGACCAUCUUUUCCCGCCCCCCCGAGACCGGCAUUAUCCGAGACCGGUACCACUACACCCUCACUGUUCCUCUCUUCAGCAAGAAGAAGCUGGGUCGCUCAGCAGCUCGGAAGCGGUACAGGGACUGGGAAGCAAAGAUGUGGAUUAAAGCGUCCCAGCUUGACCACUUUGGGGUGCCGACCAGGCUCGUGGUGGGUUGCUUUCUGGAGGGUGACCAGCGGACUUUGGCUGGCGAUCUUAAUGUCAUUGUCGAGCCGUUCGAUGGCAAAGUAAUUCCCAACCCUGAUACUUGGCCUUCAACCAUGUUCGAUAUGGAGGACUUCUUGAGAUUUCCUCGCGACAUUGAUGGUGAUCAGAGGAAGGAAGAUGAAUGGAUCAGGCAGUAUGUGGAGAAGGUGCAUAAGCGGGAUGUUGGUGGUAGGCGGAUUCUGUGGCUCGGGAUCAAGCGAGUGCAACAUGGAAUUACGGUUGGCAAAAAGCCUAGAUCACAGGCAGAGGUUGAUGAGAACAAAUGGAAUGAAGCUGUAUCUUUGACUCCAAUUCCCCAAAAGCGAUCUCUUCCUUCUUCUCCUAGUGAUGUUUCUCGACAGCAACACACAAAGAAGCAAAAAUCAGAUCGACCGCUCCUUCUCUCAGCUCAUCCUCGUCCAUCGAUUCAGAUUACCAUACCCUCGUCGGCUGCGACAAAGGCCGGACAGAACCGACUGCCCGUACAAAGAGCACCCAACCCAGUCUUUUCAUCCCCCCCUUCGCUCAGCCCAUCCUCUUCCAAGCCCCCCAUGCGGCAAGGAGCAGAAUCUGAGAUGGCGGAUGCGUUUCUGGCAUCGUUUGAGAAGGAGCUCCUCCAGACUGAGUGUCGCGCAGACUCUAUCCCAUCCCCAUCCCUCAGGAUGACUCGGGUAGAAGAGGAGGUACAUGAAGACUUGGCAGCGAGAAGCCCGCACAAUGCGAAGCGCGAAAGACACGUCAACGUGCUUGCUCCAGCUGCCUCUUCUCACCAGGCCACAUACGCUCACAAGCUCCCGUCUUGCUAUGUCCCUCGGGAAACCCCCGAGUGCAGUGGCGUCAACAGACCAGGUGACUCUGGAGGAAUGCAACAGGCAGCAUCCAAGGUCCCACUUGACACUUCCUCAAUUCUUGCACUUUUGGUCCGCUUCCAGGCAAAUGAAGUAUCUUUUGCUUCGUCUUCCGGCGUAUAUCCCGGGUGGCUGCAAGGCCUUCAGAAGUGCUCGGCAGAAAAGAUGCAGCAGCGACAGAAGUGGGUAGAGAUGAUCGAGGAUUUGCCUGCUCUCCGGCCUGUUAUGGAAAAGCAGCUGCAGAGAGUAGAGAAGGACCUGGAAGUAUUGAUCGGUGAUGCGAUCAGACUCGCCAGACCCAGUUGUCAAUCGCAAAGCUAUACGACAAGUCGGUAG